ACAGAAGAGAAAACUUUUUUUGCUGCUGCUUUUAAUGUGUGUAUGUUGCCUGCCUUUCAAGUCGUGUCAAAAAUUGGAAAAUAAAAAUUUUCUCAGGCGGGUGCAGUGGAAAAGUUUUUCGCGAAAGGAGUUUCCCGAGUGUUCGAACGCAGUUCAAAGGUGGUGCAAGUGGUGUCCAAGGCCUUCCGGAUUGUGGCCCAUUUCGAGUUGAGUGUUUGUCGACAGUGGGGAAGGAGAAAAAUUUCGAUUGACGGUGGUUAAAUUUUCCUGUCCCGAGAUUAAGGUGGCUCCCUCGGUGUGUAUAUGUUGCAUAUAAAUAUCGAUGGCUGCUAGAUGGAUUAAAGUGCUCCCACUGUAGGAAGAAGGGUGCUACGUGCGUGCUUGUGUGUGUGUGUGUGUGUGUGUAUGUAUGUGCGUACGAUUUCACAAAAGGCAGGAGCACCAUCAGAGUAUGGUAAAAUGUAAACAUGGCCGAAUGACAAGAGCCAAGAAGACGGAAAUGAAAAUAGCCAAGUGCGCUGGAAAAUAUUUUGUGUUGUAGAAUAGGCAGUUCUUCGUAGAGCAUACAAUAGCCACAGCAAAGCUGGAAACGUGUCUACGAUCAAAACCUACCCACAAAAUUGUGCGAUUUGUUGAUUUGUAUAUUGUGCAAUAUUGUUACCGCAUAGCAAUUCCCGUGGUGUGUUUCUUCAUCGGAACGAGAAAUUCCACCACAGUAAAAUUAUCGACGAAUAAUAGGCAUUAGGAAGAACUUCGAAAACAACCGCAAAAUGGUACUUCGUUUGUAUGCAGAUCAACCGUUGGCCGCAGCAGCCGCUAAAAAAUGAAUCUCGGUCUAUGGGGAUGUUUGGUGCCCUGUGGACUGCAAUACUGGUGCGAGAGCAAAAGCGAUACAUGCAUUACGGAGAUGGGGGCGACGGCAUCAACUGAUUGUCCGGGUGGUCCCGGGGGUGGUGGCGGUGGUAUCUCGGGAUUCGCGGGUCCGACAGCGACGACUGCAACGACUACCACACCACUGACAUCGGCUGGCGGAGGACCAUACGGCGGACAUUUCGGUGGUGGACCCGGUGGUGUUGGAGGCAUUGUGGGCGGAGGAGGAGGAGGUGGAGUGGUCGGAGUUAUUGUGCGAGAGCGACGGAAGAAGGUAACCGGUUUUGCGACACUGAAGAAGAAGCUGAUACGGCGACGUCGAUCGUCGAAAGCAUGUGAUCACGGCAGAGUGCUGCGGGAGUUCGUCUCCAGUUGGAACCCAAUCGAACUGUCCGCUUUGUUGGAGGAAUACGAGUCGCUGGCUGCUCUGAAAGACCUCUCGGUACAGGCCGAACUUGCUCGACCUCCGGCCACCACGUUCAAACAGGAUCUCGCCAGUUUGUACGAUUACAAACACUGCACCGACUGUGAUCUGGUAUUUCGGGGAACCGUAUUCCCUGUGCACCGUGCACUCCUCUCCGCACGUUGUCCAUACUUUCGGGAUUUGCUCGCCGGCUGUCCAGGGUACGGAGCUCGGAUCUGUCUGGAACUGCGCUCCUCGCCGGUGGACGUUCCGAUGUUUUCGUCGUUGCUGAGAUAUCUGUAUACAGGAGAUUUAUGUACACACGAUCCGACCAUAGAUGUAAGUCUGCUACGUAGAUUAGGGGAGGACUUCGGCAUACCGAAUCCGCUGGAGAACGACCUGCGCUAUCUGCUCGAGAGCGGUGAUUACGCAGAUGCCGCCAUAGUGUUCACCUCCGAGGGUGGCGACUACCAUCGGCCCGAUUCUGGCAGUUCGGAGUACGGCUUCCGUCCGAAGCUGGAACUGCCCUGCCACAAGGCUGUCCUUAGUGCGCGAUCGCCUUUCUUCAAAAAUAUGAUCCAGCGACGGACACGUAACAUUAACGAGGAGCAUCAGUUGCACGGAACGGAUCGCUCGCUGCAUGUCCCGACGCGAAUCGUACUGGAUGAGACCGUUAUACCGAAGCGCUAUGCGCGUGUUUUGCUCCACGCGAUUUACCUAGACACGGUUGAUCUUUCGUUGAUUCUACGUGGUAAUGGGUGCGGAAGUGGGGCCGGGAGUCUCGGCGAAGUGCAGGCGCUUACACAUACUGGCCGCACCCGACCGUCUCCGCUGGAGGAAGCCAUGGAACUGUAUCAGAUCGGACGUUUUCUAGAGCUGGACAUCUUGGCGCAGGGCUGUGAGGAUUUGAUUCUCGAAUGGCUUUCGCUCGAUACGCUGGCGACGGUGCUCCGCUGGGGUAGCCAGCCUUACGGUUCCGCCUGGGUAUACCGACAAGCUUGCCACUAUCUGAGGGAGGAGUUCUCCGCUAUCGUCGGAUCUCCUGUGCUCUUCCAACUCGACAAAUCACAACUGAUUCAGGCGCUCAAAAAUAACUUCCUUCAGGCAUCCGAGCUGGAGGUGCUGCAGGCUGUGUUAAAAUGGGGUGAACAGGAGCUUAUCCGACGGAUGGAAGACCGCGAGCCGAAUUUGCUGAGCCAUACGGCUCACUCCGUCACGCGAAAGGGGAUCAAAAAAAGAGAUCUCAGCGAUGUUGAAUUGCGCGAGAUUCUUUCCGAACUGUUGCCACAUGUUCGUAUGGAUCACGUGUUACCACCAAGCAAUGAGAUAUUGAAUCAAGCCAUUCGGAGGGGUCUGGUGAGUACGCCACCGUCGCACAUGAUUGGAGAUGAUCGCGAGAGCCUGCGGAUCAAUGCAUGGAUUCGGGGCGGUAAGAAUCAUGGACUGUUUGUGCGUCCGAGGCUUUUCAUGCCGUACUACGAAGAGGUUAAGGUGCUUCUUGAAGACCACAUCGCCUCUCAGCAGGUGGAGAUACUGAGAAUGCGACGUUCACGUCACAUGCCCGAUAUUCCGGACACCCUGUACAUGGUGUCCCGCUUGAAUAGUAAUGCGAGUGGAAACAUUAGCGGAGGUGGCACGGCUGGAGUGGAUGUGGUAGCCGCUGCGGCUGCUUCGAUCCCGGCGCCUGAUCCGACCACAAUGGAAGCUAUGCAGAAAAGGGAACAAAAGCUGAGACAGUCGCCAAGCUGUCAGCGAGCGCUGACACUACAGCUAUCCAAUCGUCAUGAAAUCAACCGCCAGAUACGACUGAGGGUGGUCCGUGAGUUCAACUUCCCCGACGAGGUAGCUGAUCUGCUGGACAACUCCAACUGCUACUGUCUGGAUGCGGACGGUUCCACGCCGAAGACUCAGGAUGGUGAUAUUCGCGCGAGCAAUCAAUCACUGGAUGAGGACACAACUCCACCGCCUUCGCCGGCACUGCCAAACGAUAUUAUUCCACAGAAUGUGGCCUGUUUCGGCCGCAAUAUGACAUUCCCCCGGCAGCAACCUCAACCGUCAACGCAAGUGAUUCCGCACGGCGCCGGAGUCACCGGGGGCGGUUUGCAUGUUCCCCAGGGAGGUAUGCUCGGGCCAAGUGCAAGUAUUAUAGGGACACAUCGACGCCAGGAUCUACCUUCGCUUAUCCCCGGUGGGGAUGUGGUUGCAUACAGGCUGUCAGCACCCGCCGGUACCCAAUCGGCGGAUUCGGCGGGUGCCUGCUCCGAAGGACACUUGUCGGACAUCAUGCCAGAUGUGGCGAUGGCAACCGCUUCCCUCGGUCAGCUGCAGCUCGGUGAUAUGCCGGAAAGUUUGCACCUGGACCUGGGCGAUGGCCCCAGCCAUAUGAUCGGUGCGGCGGCAGCCAUGGGUUUACACAAUUUGCAGCAUCAUCGUCUAGCAGCAACACAAUCGCCGAGCAAUUUCCACCACUAUAUGACCCGUGGGCAUCCCUCAUCCGCCUCGGGAUCCGCGUUAGGUGGUGGUAGUAGUGGUGUUGACGGCCUAGGUUUAGGAAGUAGUGGCCUGAGUAGUGCACGAAUAGCCGCUCUAGGAGGAUCUUCCGGAGGCUCGCAACAGCACCAGCAGCAACAGUCACAAGCCCUACCGCCAUCGUCUUACUCGCAGCGCUCCAAUUCACCGUACUCCCUGCAUCGAGCGAGUCCGGGCCUGCCUCACAGCUCCUACCACACGGGACCCCGGUUAUAGAGACGGCUGCAAGUAUUCCCCGAUAGGCGUCAUCUGUUCAGUAUGCCUUUCUGAAGAGAACAAAAUAUUCAAGCAAAAAACACAAAGCGAAACGCGAGAGUGUGUGUUUGAUCGAGUGUAAGUAUGCGCGCAAUCGUUUAGUUAAACGAAUUAACUAAGAUAGAAACCCCAAGUAGAAAGGAGGGGUGAAACAAAAAAAAACACAUACAAACUUACACACACAGAACAAAAAGUAAUUAUUACAAAUACAUAGAUAUUUGAAUUAAGGGUUAAGAAUUUCAUUAAUUAUAAAUAAAGAAUUAAAAAAACUACACGACAGGAUAUAUAAAAGAUAAUGAAAGUACUAUAAAACAAAAACCACACACUCACACACCCAACAGAAGAGAACAAACAAAAAAGCAAAUGUAAAAUUAGAAGUCGAAAUCUUUUAUAUUUAUGAACGAAAAAAAACAAAGAAACGGAAACAAAACCCACUCAAAAAAUGAGGAGUAAAGGAGGAGUAAACAAUGAUUCAAUAUUUCGCAAUAGUAAUCAAAACUAUCUCUUCGAAGAGGACACACAUUUUGUGCGUGAAGGAAGUGUGGUGGUGUGGUGGCAACCGAAUUCCGUGUGCAAGAGUGUAUGAACGAGAAAAUGUGAGUGUGUAACGUUAUGUUUUUUUUGUUUCUCUAUUAGCAAGUAGGUGGUGCCUUUUAUUUAUUUUAGCCGACUUUUUUUUUGUUCUUUACAUUAAUUCUAAGAUGAAAUUUUUAUCACUAUUUAUUGACCUUUUUCGCAGCGUUUUUUUUUUGUUUUUACUAAGUCGUACGUGCACACACUGGCUAGGAAUAAUUUUUAUCAGCUGUUACUUUACACACAUUGAUAUUUCGGUUCGCAGCUGUGAAUGUUUGCGUGGUGUAUGAAUGAUGAGCUGAAAUAAAAAAGGGAAUGGAUAUAGUGUCAAUGCGCGAGCGAGUUGUAACCGGAAAUCAUUUUCAUAUUUUCGAAUAUUUAUUCGUGUGUAACAACAGCAACUGGCUGAAGGACGAAGAGUUACACAACACACAACGUAAACGAAAGGAACCGUAUCGUACGUACGCAAAUAUGUAUAAUGACUAUUCUAUAAUCAAGUGAUGUUCAAUCCACAAGAGAGAGAGAGAGUUGAAUUAUUGAGCUCUUAGCCGUCCCAGAUGAAAAAAUAUCGAAUAAGGGCUGAUGGGGCGAGCGGUUUCCAUUUGCGAAGAUAUCCCAUUCCGAUUGAACAUAACCGAUCCAUUCCCCUUCUCGGAUUCAAAGUGUUUUAGAUUAUUUUUGUUAUGAAAAUAUCGUUUUUUCAUUUCGAAUCAUCUUAGUAUCUUGAAUCAUUUUCAUUCUUAAAAACGAGUCAGCAAGAUACGAAGAAUGGGCUGUCACAUGAUUUCCAAUACGACUCGACAGACAAGUAAAAAUAUUAGUCUUCGAGAGCAUGCCCUCAUCGAGCAUACGAACAAAAAAGGCAGCAAAGAGGUUAGCUUAGUAUAUUUCGAGUAGAAGAACACGGAAAAGCAGAGAAACUCGAGUGUUAGUGGGAUCAGGGCGGAAGCGGGGGUCUUCGGAGCGCAAAACAAAGGAUUAAAAAUCGUAAAUACAAUAUAAUUACCAUAUUAAAAAAUGGAAAUGCAAAAAUAUUAUAAUUAUAAAUAACGAUUAGUGAAAGCAAGCAAGCAAACAAACAAAAAGAUGAAAUAUUGAUCUUAAGAAGAGGAAGCAAUGGGACGAUGAAUAGAUAACAACUGUGCGCGCGAAGAGGAGGCGGUAGGAAGGGAAAUAAAAAAGUACACAAUGCCAGAAACAACGUCGUGGAGGAGAAAGAAAAAAUAUCAGAAA